GUUUGGUUGGAGGGAAUGGAAUGGAAAGGAAAAGCCAUUCCAUCAAAUUCCAUUGUUUGCUUUCAUUUUUUGGGUUAGAAAGGGCUUUCCGUAGGAAAGCCCAUUCACUCAUUUUGAGUGAAUGGCCAUCGCCGUCGCGCCCAUCCAAGCUCCGAUCGCUGUCGUGACCACCCAAGCUCCCAUCGCCGUCGCAACCCGAGCCGUUCUUCCGCCGAUCGAGUCUCGCCGGACCCCUUCCUUUUCGGCCUUCCUCCACUCUAUUUGGCUCGUUCAAUCUCGUCCUCGUAUUUCGAUUUCCUUAGAUCCGGUUGUAGCUUCACCGGCACCUCUAUUUCCGGCAAGGUCAGGUCAGCCACCCUUUCUCCUUCUUCACCACUCGCCUCACCUUCUACUUUGCCCGAUUGGGUCCUCUCUGGCCCUGCAUCACCGCUCUCUCUCUCGCCCUCAUUCUCAUCACGACCCCGUUUACCGAUCCUGUUCACCUCUAGUCUUCCACUCCCGGACCUUCGUCUGCGUCUCUCCUCACGACCCCGUUUACCGAUCCGGUUUCUUCAGCUUCGACGCUCUCGAAUCCGAUUUCGGAUCACUUGGCGUCCCCUGGUGUAAUAAGUGUUUUUUUCGCUUAGAUAUGAUCUCAUUUUGGAAUUUUCCGUUUGGUAAUUGAAGAUUAGACGAUUAGU